AUGCACUUUUUCCCUCUCACGGAUGACGAUCAGGCUGUUUUCGGUCUCAUGGAUCCUCAUCACCAAUACAACUUUCAACUUGCAGCUGCUGCUAACAUGACGACGACACCGCACGAUCAAAGCUCCAGCUCUCCGCAAAAUCUCCCCGGACGACGAACUCCCUUAGGUGCCGUCGGUUUGGGCGGUUUUUACGGGCAACCCAGCACAUCGCAUCACCCACAUCCGUCACACGAGAAUUCCAACGAAAAUCGCCCGGUCGAGCGCAUGAUGAGACCUUCAGGCGGCGCCGCCCGCCAAUCCGCAGCUGGAGCUAAUCCCAAUGGGGGCAAACACAAAAAUCGCCAAGGAAAAGUCGUGAGAUUGAAUAUUAAUGCGCGUGAACGACGUCGCAUGCACGAUUUAAAUGACGCCCUGGAUGAGCUCCGAAGUGUCAUUCCGUACGCACAUUCGCCUUCGGUGCGAAAAUUAUCAAAAAUUGCCACUUUAUUGCUCGCCAAGAACUAUAUUUUGAUGCAGGCGAAUGCGCUGGAGGAGUUACGACGACUUUUGGCGUAUGUGCAAACAACGACAGGCGCUACCCCCUUGGAUCUCGGUAGUUUUCCGGCAGCUGCCAAGUUGCAACAGCUCCUCAAUCAACCGCACGAGGCUCUCAACAGCGGAAAUAUCUCGUCGUCUUAAGUUU